CAUUCUGGUUUUCUGGAAUCCUUUUGGAAAGGACGUAAGAAGGGAAUAUUUUUCUGUGGGAUUGGGAUCUUCAGACCAUGAGGCAGGACACGCUAUCAUUUCCGAUACGAACGUCUUUUGGGAUGGAGGUUUGGUAGUGUCAUUCCCCCUGGCAGGGUCGCACUGUUGCCCACCAUUCUGUCAUCAUGACCACUGGCGAGGAGAAAGAACCAGCCUUGUGGCCGGACCGGGCUGAAGUCAGACUGACAAUAUCAGCUCAGGCUGAUGGACCAUACCCAGUGGAGGCAGAGGACCUGCCCGCUGGCCUUACUAGAAGCAGCGGGGUGUCUUGGGAGUCCACUGGCAGUGUGGCAGAAGUGAAGGAGAAUGCACAACUUCCAUAUCCAUCCCUGGCACCGGUGGUGUUCCUUUGCCUCAACCAGAGCACACAACCCCGCAGCUGGUGCCUUGCGCUUGUGUGCAGCCCGUGGUUUGAGCGAGUCAGCAUGCUGGUGAUUCUGCUCAACUGUGUCACGCUUGGCAUGUUCCAACCCUGCCAGGACCUGGAGUGCCACUCUGACAGGUGCAGCAUACUGCAGGCAUUUGAUGACUUCAUCUUUGCAUUCUUUGCUGUGGAGAUGGUGGUUAAAAUGGUGGCCUUAGGGGUGUUUGGACCGAAAUGUUACCUUGGUGACACCUGGAACCGCCUUGACCUCUUCAUUGUCAUGGCUGGGAUGUUAGAGUAUUCUUUAGACGGCCAUAAUGUUAGUUUCUCAGCCAUCAGAAUCGUACGGGUUCUCCGACCUUUACGAGCCAUCAACAGAGUUCCCAGUAUGCGUAUCCUGGUGACGUUGUUGUUGGAUACUUUACCGAUGCUGGGAAACGUUUUGCUACUUUGUUUCUUUGUUUUCUUUAUCUUUGGGAUUGUUGGCGUCCAGCUGUGGGCAGGGCUUCUUCGGAAUCGAUGCUUUUUGGAUAACAAUUUUAGAAUGUUGUAUAAUGCCACAGAGUAUCUGAGUGAAUACUACAGAUUAGAAGAAUCUGAUGACGUCCCCUUUAUUUGCUCCACCACUCGGGAGAAUGGAAUGCUGCACUGCUCGAACAUCCGACAGCGCAGAGUGGGAGCGGCUUAUUGUGAACUCACUGUUGAAAAUGUCACAGCUAAUUUUUUCAAAGCGUCCCUUCAUCAUGGUUGUGUGAACUGGAACAUGUAUUACAAUAACUGCAAAGCAAGUGAACACAAUCCACAUAAUGGGGCUAUCAACUUUGACAACAUUGGAUAUGCGUGGAUUGCUAUAUUUCAGGUUAUCACCUUGGAGGGAUGGGUGGAUAUCAUGUACUAUGUCAUGGAUGCACAUUCCUUUUACAACUUCAUCUAUUUCAUCUUUCUUAUCAUUGUAGGCUCCUUCUUCAUGAUCAACCUGUGCCUGGUUGUCAUAGCAACACAGUUCUCUGAGACCAAACAACGUGAGAACCAGCUGAUGAAGGAGCAGCGGGCACGUUUUCGCAGUAAUGAGUCCAUCCAGGCUGAACCAGGAUCCUGCUAUGAAGAAAUGCUGAAAUACCUUGUUCAGGUCUGCCGUAAAUUUUGCCAUCAUGCUGUUCGCAUCUACGGCGAAUUGUGCCCCCUGAGACAAAGGGGUGGGGCCAAUCUCAACAAUCCCUCCCUGACUGGAGGCGGGACUAAUGGAUAUUGGAAUGACAAUGGGACAAAGUCCCAAUACUUCAUGCCGCAUUAUCAUCAUACCCAUCAUCCUCACCAUUACAUCAGUAAUGGCUUUGAAAUGAAAACCCUUCAUCUUGAAAGAGACACUCAGAAUUCUAAAAAGAACCCAUCACUCCCACUUGCACUACAGAAUUUAAAGGGUUUAAGGCGCAGUAUGAACUAUCCCACCAUUUUACCCUCCAAACUGUACAAAAAGUCGCACUCUCACCUACAUACUACAGGAGGGGUCAAGACACCAGCCUUUCAUCAUGGGCCCUAUAGCAGGAAGAUCUCAGUUGUCAGUGGAUUUCAUGAUACUUACAAGUUGCAACACGGUGUGUAUCCGGGCACAUGUUCGAGCGUGUGUCUGGACAGCAAGGCAGGACUUGUAUCCUCUGAAUUGUCUUCCUGCCCUGUUUGCACCAAGGAAAGUGAUGGUGUUAAUUGUGACUCCAACGGUGAAUCGGACCCCGAGAAACAGGGGCUGGACUACAGCCCAGAACAGAGCAAAAGGAACCAGGACACAGAAGAAAAGGUGUCUGAGAAUGAGAAUUGUGUGUGUAUGUGUCUUCAUUACAUCAGAACUGUGCUGAGACGGACUGUGGACAGCAAAUACUUCAACAGAGGAAUAAUGAUCGCAAUCCUUAUCAAUACACUCGGCAUGGGAGUGGAGUACCAUGAACAGCCGGAUGAGUUGACAGAUGUGCUGGAGAUCAGUAAUAUUGUCUUCACUAGUUUGUUUGCAUUAGAGAUGCUCCUCAAGCUUUCGGCCUGUGGUCUGUUCGACUACAUCAGCAACCCCUACAACAGUUUUGAUGGGAUCAUUGUUAUCAUUAGUGUAUGGGAGAUCGUUGGACAAGCGGACGGAGGGUUUUCGGUUUUACGGACGUUCCGUCUGCUGAGGGUUCUGAAGCUGGUACGGUUCCUCCCUGCUCUGCGCAGGCAGCUGGUGGUGCUAAUGAAGACUAUGGACAAUGUAGCCACUUUCUGCAUGCUGCUGAUGCUCUUCAUCUUCAUCUUCAGUAUAUUGGGGAUGCACCUGUUUGGGUGUAAGUUCACCCUGCGUUUGGAGAAUGGAGACACAGUCUCAGACAGAAAGAACUUUGACUCACUCCUCUGGGCCAUCGUCACUGUGUUUCAGAUCUUGACGCAGGAGGACUGGAACGUGGUUCUGUAUUAUGGCAUGGCCUCCACUUCUCCCUUGGCAGCUUUGUACUUUGUGGCCCUGAUGACCUUUGGAAAUUAUGUCCUCUUUAACUUACUGGUUGCCAUCUUAGUAGAGGGCUUCCAGGCUGAGGGUGAUGCUAGCAGAUCAGACAGCGAUGAUGACAUGUCGUCUGACUAUGGUGAUGAGGACAAAUUGAGAGAACUUCUGAACUCAGAAAUGAAAAUGCAGACAUUAAUGCCCAUCUCCAAUGGAUACCUGGAACCCCGGGCAUCAAUGCCACCUCACAUGACACACACACAACCCAAUGCCACGACCAGAACUGAAGUGUCACACAUCUACAGCCAAUCACGUCGCAACAGCAACACCUCCACUGAGCCCCAUGACCAGAGAUCCCUGGUGAGUGGUAAACACAACUGAAGGGGUUGGUUUACACCUUCCAGCCUUUGGGGAAGCCGAUGCUCCAGUUGGAACAGUCUUGGCAACGCCCCCAGUCUGAUCAGAUGUGCUCAGUCGGGAGAGCGUGAGUCGCUGCUGUCAGGGGCGGGACAGGACAGCAUGGAUGACAACCAAUCAGAUGAUGGAAAAUCCAGCAAGUCUGGCAGUCUGGGCGGAGUCUCAUGUCUCGGGUCGUUUGAUUUACCAGAGCUACUGCAGGUUCCACGCCCAUAUUUGGAGUGUAAUGGCAGAUUAGAUGGGGGUUAUCCAUCCUCUCCAAACAUUACAUGCCCUGAACCAUCCACACAAGGGGUAGAGGAUGAAGACUUUGAGGAGAGUUGGUGUGUCAUUCUGAAGAGACUGUUGGAGCCGUAUAAACCUCAGUGGUGUAAAGAUCAUGAGGACUGGUCACUCUUCCUUUUUUCCCCUCAUAAUAAGUUCCGUGUGCGCUGUCAGAGGGUCAUCACUUAUAAGAUGUUUGAUCAUAUUGUCCUGUUCUUCAUCUUUCUCAACUGCAUCACAAUCGCUCUAGAGAGACCUGACAUCCAGCCUGACAGCACGGAACGGAUUUUUCUUAAAGUGUCAAACUACAUCUUCACUUUGAUCUUUGUGGCAGAGAUGACUGUGAAGGUGGUUUCUCUUGGGCUGUAUGCUGGUCCAGGCUCAUACCUGAAGAGCAGCUGGAAUGUUUUAGAUGGUCUGCUGGUGUUUGUGUCUUUAGUGGACAUCCUGGUCUCACUAGCCUCCUCCGGUGGGAACAGAAUUCUGGGAAUCUUACGAGUGCUUCGUCUACUCAGAACAUUAAGACCCUUGAGGGUCAUAAGCAGGGCCCCCGGACUAAAGCUGGUUGUUGAAACACUGAUCACAUCUCUUCGACCUAUUGGAAAUAUUGUGUUGAUCUGUUGCGCUUUCUUCAUUGUCUUUGGCAUUCUAGGAGUUCAGCUCUUUAAGGGGAAGUUCUAUCAUUGUGAAGGAUUUGACACUAGAAAUAUUGCCAAUAAAUCGGAGUGCCUGCAGGCGAACUACAGAUGGGUUCGCAGGAAGUACAACUUUGAUAACCUGGGUCAGGCUCUGAUGUCAUUAUUUGUCCUGUCUUCAAAAGACGGCUGGGUCAACAUCAUGUAUGAUGGCUUAGAUGCAGUGGCCGUGGACCAACAGCCCAUUAGGAAUCAUAAUCCCUGGAUGCUCCUGUACUUCAUCUCCUUCCUGCUGAUUGUCAGCUUCUUUGUACUGAACAUGUUUGUCGGUGUGGUGGUGGAGAACUUCCACAAGUGUAGACAAGACCAGGAGGAAGAGGAGGCCCGACGGAGAGAGGAGAAGAGACAGAAACGCAUGGAGAAGAAACGCAGGAAGGCCCUGCAGAGACCGUACUACGCUGACUACUCUCCUGCACGACUCUACAUUCACACACUCUGUACUAGCCAUUAUCUGGACCUCUUCAUCACCAUCAUCAUCGCCAUUAAUGUACUCACAAUGUCUGUGGAGCACUACAAACAGCCCAAGUAUCUGGAUGAGGUGCUGAAGUACUGUAACUAUUUCUUCACACUGGUCUUUGUGAUUGAGGCUGCACUGAAAUUGGUCGCCUUCGGCUUUAGGAGAUUUUUCAAAGAAAGGUGGAAUCAGUUAGACCUGGCCAUAGUCCUUCUUUCUAUCAUGGGCAUUACACUAGAGGAGAUCGACCUGAACGCCUCUCUUCCCAUCAACCCAACCAUCAUACGCAUCAUGAGGGUUCUGCGCAUUGCCAGAGUGUUGAAGCUGUUGAAGAUGGCCACAGGAAUGAGAUCUCUUCUGGAUACAGUUGUUCAAGCCUUACCACAGGUUGGUAAUUUGGGUCUGCUCUUCAUGCUGCUGUUUUUCAUCUAUGCCGCACUGGGAGUCGAACUCUUUGGAAAACUUGAAUGCACUGAGGAGAACCCAUGUGAGGGUUUGAGCAGACACGCUACAUUUCAGAACUUCGGCAUGGCAUUCCUCACUCUGUUCCGUGUUUCCACCGGCGACAACUGGAAUGGGAUCAUGAAGGAUACCCUACGGGAAUGUAAAAAUGUUGACAAAUGUCUGAGUUAUCUGCCGCUUUUGUCACCUCUAUAUUUCGUGACUUUUGUGCUGGUGGCUCAAUUUGUGCUGGUUAACGUUGUGGUCGCAGUACUUAUGAAACACUUAGAGGAGAGCAACAAAGAUGCCCGCGAGGAGGCGGAGAUGGAGGCGGAGCUACAGGAGGAGCUACAGGGCAGUCAGAGACAAAGCACCGCCUCUAUUGGUGGAGCCGCUGGGCUUGAGGGCACAGCUGUGAAAUUGGAGACUCUCUCACAAGAGCAGGGCAAAGAUGCCAAUUUUGGCAACUUCCUGACUGUUGGAAGACCAUCCAUGUCAAGGAUGCUCUCCUUACCUAAUGACAGCUACAUGCUCUAUCCAGUUAAACCUGUAUAUGGAUCCAUUCACCAGAGAUACGCCAAACAGGAGACUACACUGCCAGGCUCUUCUCUCUCACUUGGCAUCCAUCCCUGUGAAGAUAACUCCCUAAUGCAGGUUCCAGGAACUUCUUCACAGACAACCUUGGCCUCUGUUCCUGCCCCCCACCAUCCAACUCAAAGUGGACGCUCUAGCAAUGCCUGCAGAACCCUGCGUAGACAGGCAGCAAUAAAGUGUGACUCCAUUGAUUCCUCCCACCUGGGCUCCAAAGACAGCUUACAUGUUCCAAGUCAGCUGUGCUCCAGUGAUAGCCUUCAUCUUCAAGUACCCAGCAUUCCCCUGAUGGGCAGAUCUGUGCCCUGUUCGCCCCAAACGUCCCCUCCACCCCUUCGCAAUCGGACAGCAAGUGUACGAACAAAUAAAAAUGUGUACUGCCAACGCAGCAUACCGUGUCGACAGACUUUACACAGGACACCAUCAAUUAAAAUGCACAAACGAUUGCAUGAAAAUGCACAAAUAAACCUACUGAACUCAGAAUGCCCUGACGAGGAGGUCCGAUAUGAUACAAACUCGCAGCAUGUGGGGGGGGGGAUAUACACAGAACUCAGGACAGCUGCAUUGUGGGACAGCCAGUCAACAGAUAGCAGCAGUCAUAGACUACAGAAGUACAACAGCAUGGAAAAUAAUGGUCUCCUGUCCGAACUCAGCAUAUCUCUAUGUCACUCAACACAUGGGGAGGAGCUAAUGCUUCAACAGCAGCCAAUGAAAGCAUCCACACCAUUUCCUGGGCCUUCUCCUAUCCCCAAAAAGAAGAAAUUGAGUCCACCAUGCAUCUCCAUUAACCCUCCCUCUGAUGUUGAGUUUCUGUCUUCAACGGUCCACCAGAAACGCAGUACAGUCCUACGAAGACGGACGCCAUCUUUUGACUCCACGCUUCCAUGCGAGUCGUUAGAUCUUCCUGACGUGCUGUCACUCUCAGAGGCCCUCCCACAGGAUGAACCUCUUUUGUCAAGUCGUUUGCCCCUCCCACAAUUCUCUUUUGACCAAUCGGAUGUAAGUUCUCUGAGCAGUCUGUCAGAACUGCUUUCGGAUAGUGACCAAUCGAUGCAAUCGUUCCCUCGAUCAGAGUUGGUAGGAACCAUGGGAGAUGUUGCUCAGAGUCCACUCAGGAAGAAGGUUUUGGUCCAAAUGGCCAGCACUAUGGAUCCAGGAAAUGAGGAUUCGGUUGCCUAAGUUAAAGACACAUCUGCCUCUGUGCAAAGCAUUUUAAUUACGGGAAGAGGUGGUUUUAGCAAAAGUAUGCAGUGUGUUUCUGAUGGAACUUAUCUGUUUUUUGCCUGAUCAUAUUGAUUAGGUUUAUUUUUACUUUAAUAAGUAUUCAUUACACAUAUUGAAAUUGUGAAGUUUGAUGUGAUAUCAAUCCUCUUUGAAUUCAGAGUACAUAUGAAAAUCAACCACAAACCUUGUUGCAAUCAUGACGUUCACUGCGGCCCCAAAAAGUGCACUUUUGGACACUUAAGUCACACUUAAAAUAUAUGAAGAUCAUUGCAUUAAAAGUUUGAAAGCCAAAAAUUGUUUUGUACUCAUUUUCAACCAUUUAUGUUUGGUUUUAUCAUUUUAAAACAUAAGAAAUUUUUGCUUAAAGCUACACUCUUGGUCCUCUAGCAGUUUGCGGAGGAACACUGUUUUGGUAAUUAUUUGAACUGGGCUUUGGCUCUUCUCUUCUGUGCAGAUGAAUCUGAUGGUUUGAGUAGUACUGGUGUAACCAUGGUUACAGGUGAUCAUCUUAUUAGAGUGAAUGUCACUAAUGACAUAAGACAUAAUAAUUAAUAACGAAAGGAAGAAAAGGACGGAUAUCCGAAAAAUGUUUUAAGCAGCAUAUCUCUUCCAUUGUUGUUUUGACUUAUUAAAAACAAUUGUUUUAAAAUAACAAAAGCUAUGCAACACUGACAUUAGACAACGAUUGCUAGUUAUAUCAGAUAAAGUCAAAUGGUGGAAACUAUUAUAAAUUAGCUAGCUGGUGUAGAGACUGGCAUUGUUACUAGCAUAAUUUUUUUUUUCCCCAUUGGUCUUUCUCAAAAAUUAAAUUGAAAGCACUGCAGUACCACAAUCCAUAAUAAAAUGCCCCAUUAGAGUGACUAACGCUAUCUUAAGAACUACCGCACUAAGAGAGCUAGCUGGCUAACUAUCGGUCCAAUAAAAUAUCAUACCUGUAGAGCAAGAAACACUCGGGUCUGUUUUAAAUCCUUUACGAUCUCGGAGUUGUAAUCACUUCUGAAAUGCCAAGCAGAUGUUGAUUUGUGUUUUAAUAUUAUGGGCUCUGUCACUUUCCCUUUUUGCUUGCAAACUCUUCUCAGUUCGUGGUUUCUUUAUUUUGAAAACAGGUGAUUCCCCAUAGGGUUGCCUUUUUGAAUGAUCCAUGGUCAAUUUUGCUCAUGUGUUGUGGCUACAAGCUUUCAGCUUUAAACUACUACCACCAGGGCCGUAGCAGGGAAUUCUGGGCCCCCUGACUGUAAGUUGCUCUGGGCCCCUUUCCUAUUAAAAUAAAACAGUUUUGAAUUUGUUGUGGGCCCCUAGAAUCAUUACCACCUUUCACCCCACUAGCUAUGGCCCUGACUACCAGACCUAACACUGCACAUAUUCAUGCUCUGUAGUAACUCUGGACCUUCUUUUUUUUUUCAUUUUGGACAUGAAGUAAACACGCACAGACGAAUGAUGGAAGUAUGCAAAUUCCCGCCAAAUUCGUCCCGACAGCUCUAAAAUAUAAAUAAUUACUAUAGGCUUACUAUAGUGAAUCGGAGUAAGGCAAAUACAUAGUGUAGAAGACAGAUUGUUGAUGUACUUGCUCAUUAAUGAAAUUGUGUUCAAUUCUAACAACAAAAUCUUACAUAGAGUAGCUUUAACAAGUGUUUGUACUAUCUUUUUUAAUAAAUGCCACUUGGUUUGAUAUUGUGUUAUACAUUGUAAAGACAUUCAUUUAUUUUAAGUGUAGCCAAAGAAUCCAAAUACCUUUUGAGGCCACUGUACUUAUUGCUCAUCAGAUAGUGGUUUUACAUAGCAGGAGUCCUGUAGUUUUCAUCUUCAAAUUGUUAUGAUGUAUGUCAUACUGUCCUGUGCUGUAUGUCAUAUAAUUGAUUCACCUUAAAGUCAUAAAUGUAACACCCUAAUGUCUUACAUGGUAUAUUUCUUAUAGCUGAAACAUAUGCAUGGGAAUAAUGCAGAUUUUGUAGCUGAAUGAAUGAAAUGAUUAUUAUAUAUAAAGUGUGGCAUGUAAUAUUUUUCUAUAGGGUAAGAGUUUUACAGUACAGUAUGCAUUGUUGGCCUUCAUGAAGGAACUUCUGUCUUCAGUGUGGGAAUAAUAUUAGUUAAGCUCU